UAGAAAACAUGUUUUUAUGGCGCUCUUCAGACAGUUAGCUGACUAAACUUGCCGUAAAAGACGAACUAUAUUUGUUAUGAAAUAUUUUGAAGGUUUCAAGACAAAGAAGAGGAAAUGCCAUAAAAGAAGUGGUCCAGCAGCCAGCCGCAAGUCUGACAGCCUCACACAUGGCCAACUGCCACAACUUACUACCUCAGCCUCGGAGAAAAGAUUAACAAGUACGAAAGCCAGAGGAACCCUGCAGGAGACCAUCCAGGGGGACAAAGAAAAAGCGGAGAAAAGAAUCCUCAACACCUUGCUCUGUUUAUGGAUACUGAUGCGGAACCCACUUCCACUCUCCUCUUAGCGUCAUCCUCUCUCUCCUCUCAUUGCAGACGAGGACAAGAGUGCUCUCUCCCUCUUCCGUCAGCUUUUGCGAAGCUCUGACAGUGCAGCGUAUCCCCACCGCUCCCCCUCCCCAGCCCCCACUCAGCGCCACCAUCUCUCCCACCACCCUCAAACCCCCUUCCCCCAGAAGGAAUAGACGGAUUACUGCUAACUGUGCACACGGCAGCAUACAGCUGCUCUGACCAGGGCCAGCCCAACAUUGGGAGGAAGCAAGAGGAGCGCAGAGGAUGAGAGAAGAGGGGGGUGACUGUGCCGGGAGUUCUUUACCCUUUUUUUGUCUCUCAGCCUUUGUCACAACAGGGCUAAUCAGCGACCGACAAGCCCUUGGCAAAGUCACAGUAAGGGAGGUCUCUCACCCAAACAGACGACUAACCAACGAGGCUACACAUGGACCAAAAGCUGACAGAAAAGAGGAUUUUUUUCCCCCUUUAAAUGUCAGUUUGUCACCUUUUUCUCCUCCUCCUCUGUUGUAAUUAACUGCGGAAUGGAUGGUUGUGAUUUAUCCACAGAGGAGCUGCAUCUUGGAAUCUGCAGCUUAACAGGGGGUAGUUUGUAGGAAACCACAGAAUCCAGGCACCUUCUAAGACUUCAUGGCCUUACCUUUGGCUGUGAGUAUUUUUAAUCUGUUCUGAGUCUCAAAUAUCAGGAGCCAUUUUGUACCCUUCAUUAAUAGAGGGCCAUAUCAAGAAAACAUUUAUCUUAUGUCAUUCAAUGAAAAGGAGUUAUAAAUAAAUGGGAUGCACUACUGCUGCUUUUAACUUCUGGAAAACAGCAAAAGAGAGCACUUUGAAACUAAUGAGAAUCCUCCUGCACUGCCGAUGGAAGUUGGGAGCCUCGAGUUGCUCCAGCCAGGCUAGGGCGGUCUGUCCUUUGGUGUGUCCCGUCUCCCCCCACCAUGCAGAAUAAUGAGCCCUCUACACCAUGAGUCCGUUGGGCCAGGUUAGUGUGCAGCCUACCUGGAACACAGCCCUGCUCGCCGUGCUCUCUCUCAUGGUGCCUGCUCUCAGUAUGUGCCAGUCCACAGGCCCUGAGAUGGGCUCAGUUAACACACAAAACUGUCCAGGUGUGUGCUCCUGUACUAACCAGCUCAGCAAAGUGGUGUGUACACGCAGAGGCCUGAUUAGGGUCCCUCCGAACAUCCCAGCCAACACAAGAUACCUGAACCUAAUGGAAAACAGCAUAGAGACUAUACAAGCAGACACAUUCCGACAUCUACAUCAUCUGGAAGUAUUGCAGCUGGGCAGGAAUGCUAUCAGGCAGAUUGAAGUAGGGGCAUUUAAUGGCUUGACUAGUCUCAAUACUUUGGAGCUAUUUUACAACCGAUUAACAGUCAUACCCAGUGGAGCUUUUGAGUAUCUCUCAAAGUUAAGAGAACUGUGGCUUAGAAACAAUCCUAUUGAGAGCAUUCCCUCUUAUGCCUUUAACCGUGUCCCUUCACUCAUGAGACUGGACCUGGGUGAACUGAGGAAGCUGGAGUACAUCUCUGAUGGAGCAUUCGAGGGUCUACAUAACCUCAAGUAUCUAAAUUUGGGGAUGUGCAGUCUAAGAGAGUUCCCUAAUUUGUCACCUUUAGUUGGAUUAGAGGAGUUGGAGAUAUCAGAGAAUGUUUUUCCAGAACUGAAGCCUGGGGCCUUCUACGGGCUAAAGAAUUUACGCAAACUUUGGAUUAUGAACUCUGCCAUCACAAACAUUGAAAGAAAUGCAUUUGAUGACAUUACAGCUUUGGUGGAGCUCAAUCUAGCCCAUAAUAAUUUAUCAUCUCUGCCCCAUAACCUCUUCACACCUCUACAGUACCUGGUGGAGCUGCAUCUACACCACAACCCUUGGCGCUGUGACUGUGAUGUAGUUUGGCUCUCUUGGUGGCUCCGAGAAUACAUUCCCACAAACUCCACCUGUUGUGGACGCUGCCACACCCCAGUCAACAUGAGAGGAAGAUACUUGGUGGAAGUUGAUCAGACAACCUUUCAGUGUUCGGCACCGGUCAUACAUGACGCUCCAAGGGAUCUGAACAUUUCAGCAGCAAGAGUGGCAGAGCUGAAGUGCCGUACAGCUGCCAUGAGCUCAGUACGAUGGCUUCUCCCCAACGGGACUGUGUUAACUCAUGGUUCUGCUCAUCCAAGAAUAUCUGUCCUUAAUGAUGGAACACUGAACUUCUCCAAUGUUCUCCCAUCAGAUAUUGGAGUCUACACAUGCAUGGUGAGCAACAUGGCAGGAAAUUCCAAUGCCUCUGCCUACCUAAACGUCAGCAAUGCUGAACUCAACACGUCUAAUCUGUCCUACUUUACAACUGUAACAGUGGAAGUGUUGGAGCCUAAAGUUGAGGAGACCCCUAAACCUAAGCCCACUGUCCCUGCUUCACCCUCAGUCUUUCAACCUGUCUUUAUCUCCACACCAACUGUGCUUUUCCAAAAUACCCAGACUCCAAGGCAGGUGUCAGUUCCCACUGCCAAAGUCCCUAGUGGGCCAGCUGCCAGUCUGGAUGAGGUGAUGAAAACCACAAAAAUCAUAAUUGGCUGUUUUGUAGCUGUUACCUUGCUGGCAGCUGCCAUGUUAAUAGCAUUCUACAAACUGCGUAAGAGACAUCAACAGAGGAGUACGGUGGCAGCAGCCAGGACCAUAGAGAUCAUACAGAUGGAAGAACAGGUUCCUCCUGUUCCACCGCCCACAUCUGGAUCUAGUGGCUCUGAUGAUAUGGUAUUGCCGACAUUAGUGGAACACAACAGCAACACGUUUAAGCCUGGCUAUGUGUCAUCUUCGUCCUCAUCUCGACAAGGGAGCUACGGAGCCCACUGGACUCAGAACAAUUCUCUUCACCGCUCAGUCAGGCACCAUCACAGCCACAUCAGCACCAUUGCUGAUCCUUACGUCAUCAAAACUACUCACGGCAAAGAGAAGGUUCAGGAGACCCAAAUCUGAGCAAUGCUCCCUGUGGAUCUAUCUAAGACUCUGUCCAAUCUCAUCUUCUCUUAUCUGCUCACAAGUCCAUGCAAUAGAAUGCACAAAGAGCAAAACUUUCUUUUGUACAAAUAUGUGCAAAACAUUUUUUUUCUUUCUUGUACAUGCCUAUACAUAAAUAUAUAAAUAUGAAAAAAAUACAAAUAUAUAUGACCUUAAUGUCAGACAGUGGUAAAACAUGCAGAUUCUAUUAGAAAAGAAAGUACUUUGAAACUAUUUUCUAAUAACUGGUGACUUGUAUUUAAAAAAAUCAUAAUAAUAAACUGCUUUUUUGACUGAAAAGUGAAGGUAGUACUGUCUAAUGUAAGAAAAGAGGCAUUAAGUUGGUUUUAAAUCAAUAUUUAGAACAUCUUUAUAAAGACAUUCAUUUCUCCAAAUGUGCACACCAGUUUUUACUUUGCCAGUUGUUAUAUGCAAUGAAACAGUAUUUUAAAGAUUAAGAAACCUAAAAUAAAAGGCACAUAAGCAAAAGCAAGAUAGACACAAACAUUUGUCCAAUAGCAGCAAAAUGGCACAGAUAGAUUGUGCUGUUCAGUAGCUAUCAGCCAAAUGCUUUUGGUACUGCAGUGUAUAUCUGCGGCUAAGGUUUAACCCUUUGUUGGCUGAAGCAAACUUGUGUUUCUUUGACAGUGCCAGUCCUUCUUUGUAGUGUGUCCAAGUGUGUUUUUUUUAGUGUGCACAAAUUUCCCCACUGGUUCAACUGACAAAAAGUGAAAUGCAAAUCUAAUAACAGUUGUUGCAAAAUGUUGUUUUUUCUGUUAUCAGUUGCAUUUUUUUCUGUUCUUCUUAGAUUUUGACAUGCUUCUUAUUGGCUUGUGUAGUGUUUAGGGCUAAUUUAGUAAUGCAUUACUGCAGUUGCCUGACUUGUCUCUGCAAGGGCUCAUCCCAAUGUUUUUUUUUUUCAAAAGAACAUACAUGUGUUUCAGUAUUACAAGGCUUUGCUGACGACUCUGGGGGGAAAAACACAGAGAUUUGAAGUGAAACAAAUGAAUGUCUGGUACUGGGGCUUUUCCAUGGACAUUGAAACAUUACUUUGUGUUUUCCUUUUUUUUUUUUUAGCAGCACUAUUUUUAUGGAGAGACAAUGAGGCUAUAAAAAUCAUAAUAAAACUUUGGUUUGUAUUUCUCUAAUCAGAAAGAGUUUCCUCUGAUGUGUAUUUUUUCUCAGUAUAUUUGUAUGUGUGUAAGUUGUUCAGUCAUAAAAGCUGGAGGCAGUAAUGUAACUGAUAUCCCACACAAACUCCUGUCCUACGGUCCUAUGCAUUUACUUAGUGUCUGCAUGAAUGGGUCUUUAAGUAAUUGGUGUACAAUGCUGAAUUAUACCUCACAGUGGGGCUCUAUGCAGGUCAGAUAGGCUGGUGGUGUAAUGCCUCAGCUUAGUUCUUAACAUUGAUUUCCCAGUGAAUGUAAAGGGGGGAAAUACAUGUAUCACAGUUCUACACAGCUUGGCUUUCUUUUCCUUACAAACACAUCUACAGGUUCUAGUUAUUUUCCGAAUCUUAUAUUAAUCAAUCAAAAAAAUAUAUAAAUGCAUAUGUUGUGUUGAUAUUAUGUAAAAAAAGAAAAAAAUUGAGAAAAUUUAAGUCAGCGCAAUGCGCCUUGAACAAAGCAAGUGCAAGAAAUCAAAUUGUUUUCUAUUAUACCUUUUUUUCAAAUGUUAUGUGUGUUAAUAAAUUUCUGAGCAAUGAUUUUUGGUUUCAGCUACAAGGCCAGCUACUAUAAAUAAGUGUGGCUUGUCUCUGUGAUGACCAGCCAUUUAACAGUUUCCUAUGUGUUUGACUGAUUUUGACACGUGCUUUUCAGCCCUUCAAGGUUACCAGUCAUUUAAAAUGUCAUUUAAAAUUGAUAUAAAGAGGAAAUUUAAGUAUGA